UUACAACAACAACCGAAGCUACAACUAUAACAACUGAACCUACAACUGUGACAACCGAAGCUACUACAACAACUGAGGCCACAAGUACAACAGUAGAACCUACUACUACUUCAACCACAGAGGCUGUUCCUACUACGACUAUACCUACGACUUUAACAACCGAAGCUACGACUAUAACAACUGAACUUACAACUACGACAGCUGAGGCUACAGCUGAUACAACUGAACUAACUACGGCAGCUGAAGCUAUGACUACUAUAUCUGAACCUAUGACUACUACAUCUGAACUCACUACUAUGACAACUGAAGCCACCGCUACUAUCAGACAGCAGGCUUCUGACCUCGCCGGCAGCUUAAGUGUAAAAAACCGAUUCUACAGGAGUGUCAAGCAAAAUAGAGAAGAUGACGUGCAAGUGCGAUGCGUUGUCACCAGUUACAUGGAAGAAAACGGGGAAGAAAAUGUAGUUCGCGGCUGUUCAUAUGAACCGGCGAACACAACAGUCCGUUGCCACGAAACCAUCGGACGGGAUGACGUGGACCUCGUCCGGUGUUCCGUUUGCGACGGCGAUCUUUGCAACUCCGCGGCGGCUGCGGCCAUCACUUUUGUACCAUUCAUCUUAGGGUUAUUGAUUAAUUUAUAAAUAACUAGCGACCCGCUCCGGCUUCGCACGGGUUAACAAAUUAUACACCUGAACCUUCCUCAAAAAUUACUCUAUUGAUAGAUGAAAACCGCAUGAAAAUUUGUUCAGUAGUUUUUGAGUUUAUCGCGAACAUACAAACACACAAACAGAGUGACGCGGCGGGGGAGUUUGUCUUAUAAGGUGUAUAUGACGAUACAGAUUGUAAGUAGACUCUGACCACGCUUAGUUUACUUUGGCAGUCAGAAACUCGUCGUAGCCCUUGCCAUGAAAACUUAGCGUGAUCUGAUAGUCAUGAAUUACCGAUACCGGUGCGAUAGUAUUAAUGUGUGUAUGUAUUUAUUGGUACAAACGAUACCUCUAAUGAUUAUAAGUAAUAAUUAUAACUAUUUUAUUUAUUAAGGUACAGGACGUUAAGAACGAAAUCAUAUCUUAGACACUUCAGUUCCUUUUAUUUUGUCUAUUAGUUAGGUAGGUAUGCAAUGAAAGUAAUUUCAUGUGAAUGUGAUUUAUGUAAAAUGAUGUUCAUAAAGUAGUCAUGCAAUUUUGCGGCUUGGUGUACACGUACAGGUACACCAGGUACAUUAUACAGGUAUACGUAUAAUGUUUAUAGAUUAAGUAACUUCUUUUUUUUUAAUAUUGUGUGUUCUGUAUUCGCUGUUGUGGCAAUAAUACAUCUACUUUCUUUCUUUCUUUCUUUCAAAACUAGGUAUCUGCUUAGCACAUCUGCAUCUUUGUACUUAUACCUACUUACUUACUAUCUUAAGCUAAUCGUUUGGUUUGAGUUUGAAUGAAUUCCAUUCAUAAGUGAGCAUGCACUUUUGCACCCCGCUGUACAUAUGUUGAUAGUUUCGAUGAUUUGAAUGUGUUUUAGGUAGAUAAAAUGGAAAAUAAUGCAGGUUUGUACUACAUGUUAGUUGUAAAUACGAAAAUGUCUAUGAAAUAUAUUUCAACUUAUAAAAUGUAACCUAGGUAAUAAAUAUUUUUUUAUACAAAAUGAUAACGUUUGCCUUUUUUUCACGACAUCAUAUUGCUUUUAAACAACAAGUAUUUAUCUUUUACAUCGUGUUUAGUUCUGCACAAAAGAUGACCGCCCUUUCAGGGCAUGCACACUUGCACAGCACUCGAAUGAUAUCAUAAGUACUUGAAGAAAAUGUAUUUUUGUAUGAGUGACAACACAAUUAUCAGAUAAUGUGCAC